AUGAGUAGUGCAACUAUUGCUAAAGACUAGCUUCAAGUGAAGAGAAACCCCAACGACCCAAGAAGAGACUAAAACGUCAUUUUCUUUGACAAAGAGAACAUUCAAAAGCUCCACGCUGACACCAACCAAAGUGGCUCAGCCGAGUUCUACCAGCUAGUCUCUAUGUUCAUCGGUAUUUUCGCAUUCAUGAUGAAGGUUAAAUGGGCAGCCUGGGGAUCACUAUUCUUCUUUUUCACAGCAGUCAUCAAUAUGAAGAUCGAGGGCAGAUUCUAAUAAAUUUUCACUGGAAUUGGUAUCAUUAUGGUUUCAUUCGUGUCAGUGUAUCUUCAACCCCCUAUUCCACAACAGCCAAUCACUCAAGCACCCUAAUGA